AUGAGCGACGAAGACCCUAUUCAGAGUAUCUUCAAGAAGAUUGAGCGGGAGAAGGCGCUAAUGAAUGCCGCCAAUGCCAUGCUGGCUCAAACCGACAACGACUCGGUCCGCUCCCGUCUCAAUUCUCAGAUCCGCGAUGGCCGCCGUAACCUUCAGUUCUUCGAAGAGAAGCUUCGCGAGCUCCAGAUGCGACGCGUCAGUACGGGUAUGGACAACUUGUCCCUCGCGGGCUCAACUGGCCGAGUCAGCGCCGACAGCCCCGGCGAUGGUGGCUCGGGCCCUCCUCCCCCACCGCCUAAAGAUUCCGCCGCCUGGGGCGCCUCGGCGGCCGGUUCCGGCAGUACGGCCUCUUACGGCUCUGCCCAAUACAGUCAGAUCGGCCAGCAUGGCGACUUGAUGCCCCCCCGCCACCCCUAUGCCCCUCUCGGCCCGGGCGCCGGGGUCCCCAAGGCCCGUCCGAACUACACCAAACUAGAUCUGAUCAAAUAUGAUACCCCCUACCUCGGUCCGCGUAUCCAGCUCAUGCUUUCCCAGAUUCAGUUCAAGCUCAAGGUAGAGGAACAGUAUUUGAAAGGUGUUGAGAAGAUGGUUCAGCUCUAUAGCAUGGAGGGCGAUAGGAAGAGCAAAGCCGAUGCCGCUGCUCGUAGGGUGGAGAGCAAGCAAAAGAUUCUGCUGCUCAAGCAGGCCUUGAAGCGGUACGAAGAGCUACACAUUGCCGACGUUUUUGAAUCCGAUGGCACAGACGAUGACUCAAUCAACAUGCCCAACCUGCGCAAGCCCCUCACUGGUCAGUUGACCAUUCGUGUUUCCAGCAUCAAGGAUGUCGACCACGCCUCUACCGGACGAUUCAGCCGCGGCCCCGAAACCUUUGUUGCCAUUAAGGUCGAGGACAAUGUCGUUGCCCGCACCCGAACCUCGCGAAACGACCGGUGGGAGGCUGAGCAGUUCCAGCUCGACGUCGACAAAGCGAACGAGAUCGAGCUCACUGUCUAUGACAAGUCCGGCGAGCACGCCAUUCCCAUCGCCAUGCUAUGGGUCAGAAUAUCCGACAUCGCCGAGGAGAUGAGGAGGAAGAGGAUCGAGGCCGAGAUCAACAGCUCCGGGUGGGUGUCCGCCGACAGAAUGGGCGCCCCGCCGAACCAAUACCCCAUGAGCCCGCAGCAACAGACGUCCUUUGGCCCGCCGCCGUCCUCGCCAGGGGCCGUGGGUGGCCAGUUCGGUAGCAGUAUGCCUUCCCAGGCCGCCGCCGUACCCCAGGUCGUCGUCCAGCCCAUUGAUGGCUGGUUCAACUUGGAGCCCGCCGGUCAGAUCCGCCUCACCCUCGGCUUUGUGAAGCAAAACAAGGAACGGGGUCCCGUUGAUCUCGGCCUGGGCCGGAAGGGCGCUAUCCGCCAGCGCAAGGAAGAGGUUCAUGAGAUGUACGGGCACAAGUUUGUGCAGCAUCAGUUUUACAACAUCAUGCGCUGCGCGCUUUGCGGCGACUUCCUCAAGUAUUCUGCCGGCAUGCAGUGUGAGGACUGCAAGUACACCUGCCAUACAAAGUGCUACACCAGCGUCGUCACCAAGUGUAUCAGCAAGAGCAAUGCCGAAACGGACCCCGACGAGGAGAAGAUCAACCACCGCAUUCCUCACCGUUUCCAGGCGUAUCCCAACAUGACGGCCAACUGGUGCUGUCACUGUGGCUACAUCCUGCCCUUCGGGAAGAAGAACUGCCGGAAAUGCUCAGAAUGCGGUCUCACCGCUCACGCACAUUGCGUGCACCUCGUACCAGACUUCUGCGGCAUGUCCAUGGCUGUCGCCAACAAGAUUCUCGAAGGCAUUCGCACGACGAAACAGAUCAACAAGCAAAAGGCCACGUCAUUGAGCGAGCGGACACUUCGCAAUCAGGCAUCGGCGAGCCCGACUAGUAGUAUGAGCUCGAGCACCUUGGCCGGAUCGACUGGGCCAUCGUACACAACCGGAUCAUCUGUCGAGGCGACCGAGGCGGCCAAGCUUAUGUAUCAACAACAACAGCAACAACAACAACAGCAGCAGGCGUUGUCUCAGAGGCCAUCUCAGCAAACCGACCGCACGUCAACCAGUUCGGCCGCUGCUGCCGCUGCAGCAUCCGCCGCGAUGAGCGGGACGCCCACUUCUGCGCGGCAGGGACGACAGUCGCCCGACUACGCACGAUUCGGAAGUGCCUACGCCGCCCUGCCCGAGCAGCAGCCCCAAGAUGACUCCUAUGGCCCAUACGCUUCGCAGCAACGCAAGUAUAACCCGGCCGACUACGCCAACGUCAAUGCCUACCCCGGCCAGUCUCAGGGAGCGGGCCGCCCCGUUCAACAGCAGCAGCAGCAGCAGCAGCAGCAGCAGCAGCAGGCGCAGCCGCAACAGCAGCUUUAUCAUCAUCAGCACCAUCAAGGAGUACCGCAGCAACAUCAGCAGUCGCCGAUGUAUCAGCAACAAGUGGCGUCAGUUGGAAAGACGCCCAUGACGGAACCCGUCACUCUUUCACCGUCCUCGUCCGCUGUCAGCGGAGGACGUAAGCCGCUACCCUCGGCGACGGAUCCUGGGACUGGCCAGCGUAUCGGUCUGGAUCACUUCAACUUCCUGGCCGUGCUGGGUAAAGGCAACUUUGGCAAGGUCAUGCUGGCGGAAACGAAGCGAACCAAGAGACUAUAUGCCAUCAAGGUGCUCAAGAAGGAGUUUAUCAUUGAGCACGACGAGGUGGAAAGUAUCCGUUCCGAGAAGCGCGUGUUCCUCAUCGCCAACCGUGAACGGCAUCCGUUUCUGACGAACCUCCAUGCGUGCUUCCAGACCGAAACCAGGGUCUACUUCGUCAUGGAGUACGUCAGUGGUGGUGAUCUUAUGCUUCAUAUUCAGCGAGGGCAGUUCGGGACGAAGCGUGCCCAAUUUUACGCAGCCGAAGUUUGCUUGGCCUUGAAGUAUUUCCACGAGAAUGGCGUGAUCUACCGUGAUCUGAAGCUCGACAACAUCUUGUUGUCUCUGGAUGGUCACAUCAAGAUUGGCGAUUACGGUCUGUGCAAGGAGGAUAUGUGGUUUGGGUCGGCCACCAGCACUUUUUGCGGUACACCCGAGUUUAUGGCGCCUGAGAUUCUUCUAGAAAAGAAAUACGGACGAGCAGUCGACUGGUGGGCGUUUGGCGUCUUGAUUUACCAGAUGCUUCUCCAGCAAUCGCCAUUCCGUGGCGAAGACGAGGACGAGAUUUACGAUUCCAUUCUCGCGGACGAGCCGUUAUACCCGAUCCACAUGCCCAGGGACAGCGUCUCCAUCUUGCAGAAGCUGCUCACUCGGGAACCCGACCAGCGGUUGGGCAGCGGACCGACCGACGCGCAGGAGAUCAUGAGCCAGCCUUUCUUCCGCAACAUCAACUGGGACGAUAUCUUCCAUAAGCGCGUGCAGCCUCCCUUCAUUCCGACCAUCAAAACCGCCACCGACACGAGCAAUUUCGAUUCCGAAUUUACUAGUGUACCUCCCGUUCUGACUCCAGUCCAGUCUGUUCUCACGCAAUCCAUGCAAGAAGAAUUCCGUGGAUUCUCUUAUACUGCCGACUUUGAAUAA